CGCUCCUGUGCAAGGCAUUGCACCUUGAGUUACACUCUUGUACAGUACUCCUCUAUCAGCUGUUUGAGAGGGACUGCCGCGCGCGUCGCACCCCGACUCAGACUGCCUCAGACCGAGGAGGCGAGCGGAGCGCGGAUCCCCGAUUCCCCGACCGCAACUUCCGCGACCAUGGCCGUGUUGACAAUCGUCCUGGUCGUGGUGGGCCUCAUGGUGGCCGUCCGCGCGUACAACAAGAUGACCAUGGGGCGCUGCCGGUGCACGGCGCGCCUCGACGGCAAGGUGGUGAUUGUGACUGGGGCCAACACGGGCAUCGGCAAGGAGGCGGCGCGGGACCUGGCGGCGCGCGGCGCCCGGGUCAUCCUGGCGUGCAGGGACCUCCAGAAGGCCGACCAGGCGAGGGACGAUAUCGUAGCGUCGACGGGCAACCGCAACGUGCUGAUCCGACAGCUGGACUUGCUGUCGCUGGCGUCGGUGCGUGCCUUCGCCAAGGGCGUGCUGCAGACCGAGUCCCGCCUGGACGUGCUCAUCAACAACGCGGGCGCGGGGGGGCUGCCCAACCAGCGCACGCCGGACGGCCUCACCAUGGGCAUGCAGGCCAACCACUUCGGCCCGUUCCUGCUCACCUGCUUGCUGCUAGACCUGUUGAGGAAGACGCAGGGAAGCCGGCUCAUCAUGGUCUCGUCUAUGGCGCACCCCUAUGGCCACUUCGACAUUGACAACAUGGACUGCGAGAAAAGCUACAACGGCUUCUACCUGUACUGCAACUCCAAGCUGUGCAACAUUCUCACGGCCCAGUACAUCGCCCAGAAGGUGAAAGGCGUGACAGCCAACAGCCUGCACCCGGGCGUGGUGCAGACCGACAUCUUGAGGAACGUGAAGACGGCGUGGAUCCGCAACGUCGCGGACAGAGGGAUCGGCUUGCUGUUCAAGAGCGCCGCGGAGGGCGCGCAGACCACCAUCCACCUCGCCGUGUCCGAGGAGGGCGGAAGGGUGACGGGCAAGUACUUUUCGGACCUCAAGGUGACCGCGCCGGGCGGGCCGGCCAACGUCCCGGGGCUGGCCGAGCAAAUGUGGAAGCGCUCCGAGAAGUACGUCAAGCUGGCGGACGACGAGCGGCCCUUCAGAGACUGAACCCAAGACUGAUAGAGUAGGAAAAGGAAAAUAAACUGUGUGAAAUUUGGCUAUCAAUAAAGGCGACACUUUAUUUAUUA